AUGACUAAAGUACGUGUUACCAUUUGGAUGGUCUCUGCUGAGGCAGGGGGGCACAGCUACUUAGUGGCGUGCUGGCAACCCAUCCUAGUCCUGAUGCUGGGCACUGUCCUCUCUGGUUCAACCACAGGAUGCCCGUCCCGAUGUGACUGCAAUGCCCAAGAGCGCUCAGUCGUGUGUCAUCGAAAACGAUUGGCUACUUUCCCUGAAGGCAUCCCCACUGAAACAAAGCUCCUGGAUCUGAGCAAGAAUCGUCUAAAACUUCUUGGGCCAGAGGAAUUUAUUAACUAUCCACAACUGGAGGAUCUCCAAUUGAAUGAAAACAUUAUUUCGUCCAUUGAGUCCGGGGCUUUUAGCAAUCUUGUGAAUCUACGGAAUCUCGGGUUACGAAACAACCAGCUAAAGCUCAUUCAGCUCGGGGUGUUCACAGGCCUUAACAACCUCACACAGCUGGAUAUUAGCGAGAACAAAAUUGUCAUUCUGUUGGACUACAUGUUCCAAGAGCUCUACAACUUGAGGGUAUUGGAAGUCGGUGACAAUGACCUUGUUUUCAUCUCACCACGAUCGUUUCAUGGCCUCAGCAAUCUUGAAACCCUCAACAUUGAAGGUUACAAGCUGUCCUCAGUGCCCACUGAUGCCCUGAGCCAUCUGCACAACCUGCUGUCACUUCGAUUACGGUAUCUGAACAUUUCUGCCAUUAGGGAUUACUCUUUUAAGCGGUUAUAUAGGCUACGAGUUCUAGAAAUAUCACAGAUGCCUUCCCUGGAUACCAUGACGCCAAAAUGCUUGUUUGGAAUCAACCUAACAUCUUUAGCGAUCACAAAUUGUAAUCUUACUGCCAUCCCUUACCAAGCUAUCAGUCACCUGAGAUAUUUACGCUUUCUAAAUCUGUCUUUCAAUCCCAUUCGUACAGUUGAAGGGAACCAACUUCACAAUUUACAAAAACUUCAGGCUUUUCAUUUGGCUGGUGGCAGAUUAAUUGCCAUUGAGCCUUACUCUUUCCGAGGUCUAAAUCAUCUGCACAUUCUAAAUGUUUCUAGUAAUGUAUUGAGCACUCUGGAGGAAUCUGUCUUCCACUCAGUGGGUAAUUUGGAAACCCUGUCUUUGCAUAACAACCCCUUGGCCUGCGACUGUCGCUUGCUCUGGGUUUUCCGCCGUCGGUGGAGAUUAAACUUUAAUAGACAGCAGCCCAUCUGCGCGUCACCUGUUGUGGUGCAGGGAAAGGAAUUCAAGGACUUUCCAGAUGUCCUGCCUUCUGAUUAUUUCAUCUGCCAGAAAUCAAAGAUUGUGGACAACAAGGUUCAAGAAAGCCAUGUGGACGAAGGAACUACAGUCAGUUUUACUUGCCAAGCUGAGGGUGAGCCUGUACCAGUCAUUAUGUGGCUUUCUCCUAAGAAAGAAUACAUCACCACUAAAACUGUGGGUUCAAGACUUUCUGUAGCCGAUGAUGGCAGACUAGAGGUUCGUUAUGCCCAAAUCCAAGACAACGGGACCUAUUUGUGCAUUGCAAGCAAUGCGGCAGGCAAUGACACCAAAGUUGCUCAUCUUUUUGUACAUAGCUACUCUCCUAAUUGGCCCCAUCAACCAAACAAGACAUUUGCCUUUAUUUCUAACCAACCCAGCGAAGAAAGUGCGAAUGUGACCCGGACCACAAUUCAGUUUCCAUUUGAUGUUAAAACCUUAAUUAUUGCAACCACAAUGGGGUUCAUCUCAUUUCUUGGCGUUGUACUCUUCUGUCUUGUAAUUCUAUUCCUCUGGAGCAGAGGGAAAGACAACACAAAACCAAGUAUAGAGGUUGAGUAUGUGCCCCGCAAAGAAGAAACAGAAGAGGCAAGUCCAUCUGAGACCCCCAUACAAUUCAACAUGAAGAUCAUGUGA